AGUUCCAGUGACGUGCAUUGAAACUGUACAUUACCUCGACGUCGCUUUUCCGUAAUUCCUAGGAUCUACUUUCCCAAGAACCAAACAACCAUAUACGGAUUUAGCGUCUUCCACACGCACCAAUCCCUAACCGAAAACUCCCUCUCAACUCUCAAUACAAAAAUUUUCUCUUUCACGUCCACAGUCGACUUCAUCCAAUCCACAAAAACCACAAUUUUCGACCACUUUCCGGGAACCAAACACUCCGACAACCCACAACCACACCGAAUCCCAAAUCACCCUCAUGAACUGAAAUCCAAAACCCCAGGGCUCGGUUCUCGGCUCGGCGUUGCAAUGGACAAGGAAACCGAAAUCCUCUCGCGCUUAGCCGCGAACCAUCUCUAUCUCGCCCAAUUUGAGCCUCUUCGAGCGAUUGUCGUCGCUCUCCGAGCUCGAAACCCCGACCUCGCUCUGGCCGUGCUCCAAACCAUCGUCGCUCACUCGGGUCGCUUCGAGAACAUUCUCUGGUCACAAUCAUGCCCAUCACCAGCUCUGCUCACUUACUUAUCGACCCUUGAACUGUUGCAAUUCGAUAAUGCUUCGUCGGUAUGGAGCUUCGAUCCCGAAACCCUGCGAUUGCGCGCCGAGUUCUUGUUGUUAGUUCAGAAUUUGAUCGACCGCGUCUCGGAGAGUAUGCGGAAGAAUUUUGAUUUGGAGAGCAUAGAGAAAGAGAAGGAGAAAGAAGGGUUAAGCGAGAGCGAGAGUUUCGAAGAGCGAGCAGAGUUUUUGGGUAAGAGUGAGGAUACUGGCAAGGAUUUGAGAGAUGCUAGUGGUGAAUUGGAUAGCUGUGUGAGAAUUUUGGAUAGGGUUUUGGAAUUGGGCGUAAAUAGAUUGAAGCCACACUCCGUAGUAGUAGGUGCUGCUGAUACUGAUGGUGGGAGUGAAAAUGAGGCUGCAGGCGUUGUAUCUAUUGAGGAAGGCGAAUUGAUGUGUUUGAGGAGCGUAGUUUGGGAGAACCGUGAUGUUUUUGACGCGUUGUGUUGGAAUAUACAGAGCCAAGUGAGGGGAUGGGAGGGAUAUGAUUCUUCGGGUUUAGCAAUAACGUUGAGGAGGGAUGAAAAUGCAGGGGAAAUGUCCAAGGAGGAUUUGAAGGUUCUUGGUUUGAUACAAAGGAGUGUUCAGUUAGCUCACUUGGAUGCUAUGAAAGAGUGCAUGAAGGAUGGUGAUGUGGAUGGAGUGGUUUCGCGUAUUCAUUUUCUUCACCUUGAUUAUGGAGUGGAGGAGACUGAGUAUCG